AGGUAAACAGCAAUGGCUCAAGAAGCAGGUAUGUUCACGGUUCAGCAAACCAUUGGCAGUGUUUUGUGCUGCAAAUGUGGUGUUCCGAUGGCACCAAAUGCUGCCAAUAUGUGUGUGAAAUGUCUGCGUUCUGAAAUUGAUAUCACAGAAGGUUUGCAGAAGCAUGUUAUCAUCAUUCACUGCCCCGAAUGUGAUACCUAUUUGCAGCCACCAAGAACUUGGAUCAAAGCCCAACUAGAAUCAAAGGAGCUGUUGACAUUUUGUGUGAAGAGAUUGAAGAAUUUGAAUAAAAUCCAUUUAGUACAUGCGGAAUUUAUAUGGACCGAACCUCACUCAAAGAGGAUCAAAGUUAGGCUGAGAGUUCAAAAGGAGGUGCUUAAUGGGGCAAUACUAGAACAAGCUUAUACUGUUGAGUAUGUAGUGCAAGACCAAAUGUGUGAAUCUUGUACUAGGGUUCAAGCCAACCCUGACCAAUGGGUGGCUGCAGUGCAACUACGUCAGCACGUUUCUCACCGGCGAACUUUCUUCUAUUUAGAACAACUUAUUCUUAAGCAUGAUGCCGCUGUCCGUGCCAUAAGAAUCAAGCAGAUGGAUCAGGGAGUUGAUUUCUUUUUUGCUAAUCGGAGUCAUGCUGUGAAGUUUGUAGAGUUCCUGGGUAAAGUUGCUCCAAUUAAGAGUCGUCAUGACAAACAACUUGUAUCGCAUGAUACCAAGAGCAAUAAUUACAAUUAUAAGUACACCUUUUCUGUUGAAAUCUGCCCAAUUUGUCGUGAGGAUCUGAUUUGUCUACCUCCAAAGGUUGCAGUUAGUUUGGGAAAUCUUGGUCCACUUGUGAUCUGCACGAAGGUGAGUAACACCAUUGCUUUGCUGGACCUUUUUACUCUGAGGCACUGUUUCAUGGAUGCUGACCAAUAUUGGAGGACAGCUUUUAAGUCCCUGCUUUCGAGUAGGCAGAUUAUGGAAUAUAUCGUGUUAGAUGUGGAGCCUGUUUCUUCUGAAAUAAAUGUUGGUGGUUCAAAGUAUGUUUUAGCCGAUGCCCAAGUAGCUCGUGUAGCAGAUUUUGGGAAGAAUGAUACACUGUUUACCGUAAGAACACAUUUAGGUCAUAUUUUAAAUCCUGGGGAUUAUGCUAUUGGUUAUGACUUAUAUAGGGCUAACAGCAAUGAUAUUGAAUUGGACAAGUACAAAGGUCUUGUUAUUCCAGAUGUGAUUCUAAUAAAGAAGAGCUAUGAAGAGAAGCGCCAGAAGAAGCGGGGGAAACCGCGUGCAUGGAAGCUUAAAUCUCUUAACAUGGAAGUCGAGGACUCUGCUAAAGCUACUGAUGAAGAGAAGAGGAGCUCAGAAUACGAACAGUUCUUGAGAGACUUGGAGGAGAACCCUGACAUGAGGUUCAAUAUAUCCUUGUACCAGAAUAAAGAAUACCAACCAUCAGAAAUGGCCUCCAUGACUGACGAGGAGGAUGUUCCUUCGAUACCUUUAGAGGAGUUGCUUGCAGAUCUUGAUCUAAGUGAGGAGGAAGCUCAGAAUGAUAGCAUGAACGAGUAAAUUGACGUGGUAUUUUUUUUUUCUGUUCAUUGUGGGGGAAGUAUUGUCAAAUCAAUAGUUUAGAUGUUUCAAUAUGAUUACUAGUUCCUUGUUUUCUCUGUUAUAGAAGUUUGAUAGAAAUUUGAUGGAAAGUUGUGUUACUCUACUAGCUCCUCCAACUAUGCGAUUGUCUUUUUGUUUGUCUCAAAAUCUAGCGGCGCGAGGAUAUUUUUUGUUAAAAUUGUAACAAGCAUUUGAUUCUGGGACAAUGUGGGGAACUCAAUAGUGGAGGAGUGCUGUGAGAUUGGGGUUGUAGUUUAAGGAUGUAGGAUGGUUCUGUUUUUCCACCUAACUGAUCUAAGGACUUUUUCCCUUUUUAUUCUGAUUCAUUAAAAGGGUGCUGCAUAGCAUAUGGUAAUGGUGUUUGGUAAGGCAGCAUAGUUUUUAGUGUAUGUCAUGGCAGCUGUGUCUGCUCAGGAUGUGGUCUCAUAGUUUUCUAGACAGGGAGAGUAAUUUCAUAAGACCUGAAGCCAAUAUCGAUUGAUCUCUGUAAACCUGGUGGAUGAGGGAGAAAUUUACCAAUAACAUCCUAUCCUGCAGCACCUCAUUACACUGGGACAAAGAACAAACAACUGCGACCUUCUACUGCUCUUUCCUUUCAAACGAAUCCAUGGACUUGGCAAUCUCAGGCUCUAAUGGAUCGCUUCAUCUGGAGGACUUCAUAAUUCCUUUCAAAGAGACUUCUGCUUCAUUAGAGUUCACAUCUGGUGCCAAGUUUUUGGAUCUCCACAUUGGUUGGAAUGUAAAACCCAAGAAAGUUAUAAGUAAAUUCUGAGCUUCCACAAGAGGCUAUGAUGGUUCAGGACUUUGUGGAACUGGUGAAGAGCAUUAAACAUUCGGGCUGCAAACCAGAUGGCAAAUGGCCUGAGAUUAGCAGAGUGACUCAAUUGGUAAUGGAUGCUGUAAAUAAUUCUAUAGAUCUUGGUUUUAAACCUGUUAGUAUGUAAUUAUCUGGUCAUUAUUGGCUUUCAGUAAUCAUAAAGAGAAUUUAUGACAUGGUGAGAAAUUUACGAAUAGUGGGCAUUAACAACAAUUCAACGAG